AGAAGCUCAGGAGAAAGUAAAGAACAAGUCUCAACUCUCAAAGUCUGUUUUACACAAUCUUUUCUUCUCUCAUCACUCCUCUCACUCCACUCUCCUCUCUCCCUCCCUCCCUCCCUCCUUGUUUUGGUAAACAACAUUAGGUUUACCAAAUCUCUCCAUCUAUAUUAAUCACCCAUUUUUUUUAGACAACAUUAAUAAUACCAAUUUCGAAGAGGGCCAAAGGGUCGAUUUUGUUUAAAUCUUCACCUAAACAUAAAUCUAUCUAUCUAUCUAUCUAUUUAUCAAUUUUCCAUUGCGAAUUUUUUGUAAAAGAAAUGAAGAAGAGGUCACAUUCACAAUUACAAUUACAGUCACAAUCACAACCUCAGACGACACCGCGUCGGCGUCGUCUUCCUCCUCCUCCUCUUUCUGCAAUUGCUAAUGCUGCUGACUCAUUUGUUGUGUCGCCUUCAUCCCCGUCCUCGUCAUCGUCUUCAUCUUCCUGUGUUGUUGAUUAUAAUCAGCAAAUUAAUGUUGAAGAAGAGGAUGAGGAAGAGGAGAAGCCCAAGCCCAAACGAACUCGAAGAAAAAGAGCACCGAUUCAUCCCAAAACUGAGAAAUGUGCCAAUGCUCCUACCACUCGCCGUAGCUCCAUUUACAGAGGUGUCACUAGACAUAGAUGGACUGGAAGAUUUGAAGCUCAUUUAUGGGAUAAAAGUUCUUGGAAUAGCAUUCAAAACAAAAAAGGAAGGCAAGUUUAUUUGGGAGCAUAUGAUAGUGAAGUAGAUGCAGCUAGGACGUACGAUUUAGCGGCACUUAAGUACUGGGGACCAGAGACGACAUUAAAUUUUCCUAUAGAAAAGUAUACGAAAGAGGUUGAGGAAAUGCAAAAUGCGACAAAGGAGGAGUACUUGGCAUCAUUGAGACGUAGAAGUAGUGGAUUUUCGAGGGGUGUCUCGAAAUAUCGUGGUGUGGCUAGGCAUCAUCAUAAUGGGCGAUGGGAGGCACGAAUCGGGCGCGUUUUUGGGAACAAGUACCUCUACUUGGGCACUUUCAGUUCACAAGAAGAAGCAGCAGCAGCAUAUGAUCUGGCUGCAAUAGAGUACAGAGGGCCAAAUGCAGUGACUAACUUUGACAUUAGCAACUACAUUGGGCGUGUGAAGAAUGUUUUGCCCAAGGUUGAAUCAGAGGAAGCAAGUACCGAGCAAACAGUGAAACAAGAAAUUAAACAACAGAAAGAGGAAGAGCAGCAACAAGAUGAAGCACCAAUAAAACAGCGAAAUUUGGCAGAUGUAUUACAGCAGGAUCAAGAUGAAGAUGAACAAAUGGGUAUCCCACCUCAGCUUGAACAACACCCGGCUAUGCUAGGGAUGGAUGACAAAGAAAACCCGUGGAACUUUUGCUUGGAUACGGGGGGUUAUGACCCCCUUUUGGUCCCGGAUGUCCCUUUUGAUCAAGAUGCUGGUUUGCUUGAUUUAUUCAAUCAGACAAGCUUUGAAGAGAAUAUUGAUAUGAUGUUUGAAGGGGAAGGAAACCUCAUUAAUAUAGAUGACACCUUCUUCGAUGGCACAGACGACAUAGGUUGUCAAACUUCCGAGGAUUUGGACAAGAAGAUGGACAUUCUGCCUAAGACAGAGGAUAAUUCACUGUCCUUUUCAUCAUCCCCUUCUUCCAUAACUAGCUUAGUCUUAUGUCAAUCAUAAUGCUCUAAUCUCAGACCGUUUACCCUUUCUAAGAACUAUUUCUUGUCUUUUUCAAAUUUUACUUUACUUUCUCCUUUUCAGCU